GGGAGGAGCCAGGAGUUACGCAAAUAAAAAGUGACCGAAAUAAAACUGAGGCUUUUGCCGAGGCAAUUCGAAGGGCCACUGGCAGCCAGCCAUGGGUUGGAGUAGUGGAUUUUUCUGGCUACAAGCCUCACCAGAUAGAGGCCUCGCUGGAGGGUUUGGGCGAGGGUUUUGGGGUGUACGUGUACAUCUCGACUGACAGCGUGUAUGAAGUUUCGGAUUCGAAUUUGUGA